GUUAAUCACCACCAAAGGGCCAUGGAGAAGCCAGAGCAGGCCCGUUUUGAGACUUUCCCCAGCUGUCAAGCUCCAGAUGUUCCCGUGAGCUUCUCCCAGGCAGAUGAGCCACAAGAUCAUUGGGGUGGACACUCACCUGACAUUCAAGAGAAUGCAUUUUCUUUGCUGAGACCUUCAAGUUCCAAGCAAGAAAGAACACAGCACCGCCAGCUGGAAACUUGGGAAGAACACCCAUCUAUCACUCAAGCUGUUCCAGUGAGCUUGUCCAAUGAAAAUGAGCAAGAAGAUGCUUUGGAUGAACACCCAUCUAACUUUCAAGAGAACACAAUCUCUGAACAAAGAUCCUCAAGUACUCACCAGCCAAGAACAAAUAGUGCUUCUGGUGUGAGACGAUGGAGCUGCAUCACUAAUCAAUGUACACCUGUUGAGAGGACAAUUCUGGAGGCACUUAAUGAACUGGACAUGAAGAUCAAUCAUCUGACUUCAGUGGUCCAGUCCCUUGCAGCAAACAACCGUUCCAGUGCUCCAGUGGUGGACAGCGAGGAUGAGGUCUUUCCUCUCACAACCAUGGAGGAACUAGACAAACUGGAAAGAAAAUUAUCAGAGAAAGCAAUGAUGCAAAAGAUGGUGAACAGGUUAUCCAUCAGUGGAGGACACACACUGAAGAAAACAAUAUGGAGAAUAUGCUCCAAGGUGUUUGGUCCUGUAGCCAAACAGCUAAACUGGUGUGGUAGGGGAGAAAAGCGAGGGAUCAGGAAAACAAACAUAGGAGCACUCCUAAUAGGAGCAGCUAUGAAGAAUCCCGUGCUUCCGUCGCCAACUGAAGCAGAGGCUGAAAAACACAUUAAGGAUUAUCUCCGCUUGGCCCCAGGGAGAAUGCCUUGUUAGUCAACUUGAUUUUUUGUUGUUUGGUUGGUUGGUUCAGGAUUAAAAUAAU